AUGUACAUGAAAAUCAUGCUGCCUACGGUCAUGCACACCGAGGCGCGAAGACGGGUCCCUCCGGUUUAUGUCGCAGCGAGCGUACGGCUUCAUGAUGGCCACCACCUCCAAGGAAUCGGCCGACCACGCUUCGCCUCGAGCCUGGACGGGGGGCAGAUGAAGCUCACGGUCAACCUAGACUGUGUCAGGAUAGGCUGUAACCCCAGUAAAGGGCCAGAAACGCUCUUUGCUGGCCAUAAACUCAAUGACAACGAGUGGCACACCGUCCGGGUGGUCCGGCGUGGGAAGAACCUGCAGCUGUCCGUGGACAAUGUCACCGUGGAAGGGCAGAUGGCGGGCGCCCACACCCGCCUGGAGUUCCACAACAUCGAGACGGGCAUCAUGACGGAGCGGCGGUUCAUCUCCAUGGUGCCCUCCAACUUCAUCGGCCACCUGAGCAGCCUGGUUUUCAACGGGAUGCCCUACAUGGACCUCUGCAAGAACGGCGACAUCAGCUACUGCGAGCUCAACGCCCGCUUCGGCCUGCGCAGCAUCAUCGCCGACCCGGUGACCUUCAAAAGCAAAGCCAGCUACCUGGCGCUGGCCACGCUGCAAGCCUACGCCUCCAUGCACCUCUUCUUCCAGUUCAAGACCACGGCCACCGACGGGCUCAUCCUCUUCAACAGCGGCAACGGGAACGACUUCAUCGUGGUGGAGCUGGUCAAAGGGUACAUCCACUACGUUUUCGACCUGGGCAACGGGCCGUCGCUGAUGAAGGGGAAUUCAGACAAGCCGGUGAACGACAACCAAUGGCACAACGUCAUUGUGUCCCGCGACACGAGUAACGUCCACACCCUGAAGAUCGACUCGCGCACCGUCACACAGCACUCCAACGGGGCCCGCAACCUGGACCUCAAAGGGGAGCUGUACAUAGGAGGCUUGAGCAAGAGCAUGUUCAACAACCUGCCCAAACUGGUUGCCUCUCGGGACGGUUUCCAGGGCUGCUUGGCCUCCGUGGACCUCAACGGCCGACUCCCAGACCUCAUCGCCGACGCCCUGCACCGGAUUGGGCACGUCGAGAGGGGCUGUGACGGCCCCAGCACCACCUGUACGGAGGACUCCUGCGCCAACCAGGGCGUCUGCCUUCAGCAAUGGGACGGCUACACGUGUGACUGUACCAUGACCUCCUACGGCGGCCCGGUGUGCAAUGACCGUCCUGCUGAUGAAGCUAGUUGCAUAUUGGGGCUGACAGCCCAUUCCACUUUAAUGAGACAAGAGGCUGGCAGCGAAGACUUGGAAGUCCUUAAUGAGCCCGGUUAUACUGAGGCCCUGAAGCACGCUGGGAAGAAGGGGCACGACCAGGGGACUGUGGGCGUCAUUUUCAACGUAGGCACCGACGACAUCACGAUCGAGGAGAGCAAUGCCAUGGUGAAUGAUGGCAAGUACCACGUGGUCCGCUUCACCCGGAGCGGCGGCAACGCAACGCUGCAGGUGGACAACUGGCCCAUCAACGAACGAUAUCCGGCAGGUCGUCAGCUGACCAUCUUCAACAGCCAGGCCGCCAUCAAGAUCGGAGGCCGCGACCAGGGCCGCCCCUUCCAGGGCCAGGUCUCGGGGCUGUACUACAAUGGGCUGAAGGUCCUCUCCUUGGCCGCCGAGAGCGACGCCAACGUGAAGGUGGAGGGCAACCUGCGGCUGGUGGGCGAGGUGCCCUCCGUCAUGACCACCGAGACCACGGCCACCACCCUGCUGGCGGACAUGUCCACGACCAUCAUGGAGACCACCACCACCAUGGCCACGACCACCACGCGGCGGGGCCGUUCCCCCACCAUGAGGGACAGCAUCACACAGAAUUCAGACGACUUGCUGGUGGCUUCGGCCGAGUGUCCCAGCGACGAUGAAGAUUUGGAGGAAUGCGAGCCGAGUACCGGAGGUGAAUUAGUCUUGCCCAUAAUAACCGAAGACUCUCUAGACACCCCUCCAAUUGCCACGCGCUCUCCUUUUGUCCCCCUGCCUCCCACCUUUGGCCCCUUCCUAACCGUAAUCGAGACCACCAAAGACACCAUCUCCCUCCCGGCUCAGCCGAAGGCCCCCUGCCUGACCGACCAAGACGACAGCGACUGCGAAGAGGGCAUCGAAGCCUCGGGGUACGCCUCUGGCGAGGUCUUCGACUCCAGCCUGCCCCCCACCGACGACGAAGAUUUUUACACCACCUUCCCCUUGGUCACUGAUAGGACCCCGAUGGGCCGCCCCGAUGGAGGAGCCGCCAAAAAGCCCCACGGAUACCGCCCCAACCUUAGGACAGGAUUGCCGGCUUCGCCCUCCGGCCCAGACCUCCUCCUGGCCUCCACCACUUCACCCACCCUGCUCCACCGCAUCCCCGCAGGCAAAAUGAACAACCGCGAGCCCCCCCUGCGGCCCCACCCCGAACACUUCCACCCUCUGGCCACCUCCUUCGAGCCGGACAAGCUCAACCGUCCCAAGUAUCCCGUUAUAACCUCUUCCCCCGAUUUCCACAAUCUGCCCACAGCUAACCCCACCGACCCCGGGGAGAGGGGUCCUCCCGGCGCCGUGGAGGUCAUCCGGGAAUCCAGCAGCACCACCGGCAUGGUGGUGGGCAUCGUGGCGGCCGCCGCCCUCUGCAUCCUCAUCCUCCUCUACGCCAUGUACAAGUACCGCAACCGGGACGAAGGCUCCUACCAGGUCGACCAGAGCCGUAACUACAUCAGUAACUCGGCGCAGAGCAACGGCACGGUGGUGAAGGAGAAGACGGCCGCGGCCCCCAAAACGGCCAGUAAAAGCAAGAAAAACAAAGACAAGGAAUAUUAUGUCUGAGGCCCUCCCCCGUCCUUGCCCCCUCCCCAAAUCCCUGCGUGCGCCAGAGAGACCCACGCCCGAAGGAGGCACACAGGGAGAUUAUCCAGACAUGCAUUUCCCUCCCACCCACCCCCCAAAAAACUUUCUGGAGAGGAGACCUCCCCAAAUGCCUCCUCCGGGGGGAGGCGGCCACUGCUCCUAAUGGGCACCGCCCAUUGCCCACCCUCUUUGGUUCGCUCAUCACCUUUGACGCCCUCCCCUCACAAAAAAGACCCCCCCAAGCAAACAACAAACGAGAGAAACAUGGUGGAGGUGAGAAGCUGGCAGGGCCUCCCCUCUUCCCUCCUUCUAUCCUGACCUCCCAACCUUGCAGGAUUGUUGUUUUUGCUCCCCUCUUCCCCCCCCCCCCAGGCAGACUUAAAGGCAAGCGGUGGAAUUAGGGCCACGGCAGGGCUGCCUCUGGCCCGGAAGAGGAUGGUGCCUGGACCGCACAAGGAGGAGGAUUAAAAAGGGGUUGGGGGACACAGAACCACAGCCCCUUCCCCGCCGGGAUGAUGCGUGGCCAGCCCAAAGCAGGCAGGCAGGAAGGCAGGUGGAUCGUGAUGCCCCCCACUCCACCCCUUGGCAGGGUUUCAUCCUUUGAUGGAGGUGGAAAAAAUGGGGGCCCCUCCCUCUGACCAUACCCUAAGCUACUCGGAAAGGAUUCCCCAGCCAGAGCCGGGCCUGACCCCUGGACUGGCCAAGGGGACGAAGGGGACGGAGACCCCAAUCCCAUCUCCCUGGCGUCCAGUCUUCAAAUUGUGUCCUGGUUUAACCCCUGGCCUGGCCUGGCCACUCCCCCACCCCACCCUCCUCUCGUCCUUUAAGCUUCGAUUUUCCUGGGAGGGCAGCGGAAAAAUGCCAAGAGGAAGCAGAGCACCCGGGCGUUGGCGGCCCAACCUCUCCGCAGGGGACAUUCCCGAUUCCCGAAUGCCAACCAGAUAGGUCCCGACUUGUUCCCAAAAUUGGGGGGGGUGUGUUGUUUUCAAAUCACGCUGUUUUUUUUAAGAGGGGGGGUUUACUAAUAGGUUUGACGUCCAUAACUCAAUGCCAUUGUGAACCAAGUUGGGGUUGGCGUGGUCUGUGUCCCCCCCACAGCCGAGCGGGAGCGACGUCGCUUUGCGUUUGGAAGGGUUCGGCCACCCUCCCGCCAUCUGCCAUGCCUCCCACCGUUGUCCUUUCCAGGUCUCCCUUCAAAAACAAGGUGCUAUAUUGUGUUCCUUUCUUUCCAAACGGUGUUAAAAAGAAACGAGCAUGUCAGAUCACAAGUUAUUAUUUUUCAUUAUUUUUUAAACUUUGUUUUGCUUUUGUGAA